CCACCCACCCCAUCCUCCUCCUAUAAAUACACCCAUGCAUCACUCUUCAAAUCUCGUGUCGGCCCAAUUCUCUCUCUUUCUAUUUAACUUCAUUUCUAUAACCAGUUUUUCAGAUCUUUCCCAUCCCUCAAGGAAAAAUGGCAUCACACAUUGUUGGAUAUCCACGUAUGGGACCCAAGAGAGAGCUCAAGUUUGCGUUGGAAUCUUUCUGGGAUGGAAAGACUUCUGCUGAUGACUUGAAGAAAGUGGCUUCUGAUUUGAGGUCAUCAAUCUGGAAACAGAUGGCUGAUGCUGGUAUUAAAUAUAUACCCAGCAACACUUUCUCUUGUUAUGAUCAGGUUCUUGAUACCACUGCUAUGCUUGGUGCGGUUCCUCCGAGAUAUAAUUGGACUGGAGGUGAGAUCGGGUUUGAUGUGUAUUUCUCAAUGGCUAGAGGAAAUGCAUCUGUACCAGCCAUGGAGAUGACCAAGUGGUUUGACACCAACUAUCACUACAUUGUUCCUGAGUUGGGACCUGAAGUCAAGUUUUCAUAUGCUUCCCACAAAGCCGUGGAUGAAUACAAGGAAGCAAAGGCGCUUGGAGUUGAUACCGUGCCUGUCCUUGUUGGCCCUGUAUCUUACUUGCUGCUUUCGAAGCCUGCAAAGGGAGUGGAAAAAUCAUUUUCUCUUCUCUCUCUGUUGAACAAGAUUAUUCCAGUUUACAAGGAGGUAGUGGCAGAGCUAAAGGCAGCCGGUGCAUCAUGGAUUCAGUUUGAUGAACCCAUCCUUGUAAAAGAUCUCAACUCACACAAUCUGGAAGCAUUCACAGCUGCAUAUUCAGAACUAGAGUCAUCUCUCAGUGGAUUGAAUGUGCUUGUUGAGACAUACUUUGCUGAUGUUCCUUCUGAGGCAUUCAAAAUCCUCACUAGUUUAAAGGGUGUCACUGCUUUUGGCUUUGAUCUUGUUCGUGGGACACAGGUUCUUGAUCUGAUCAAGGGUGGUGGUUUCCCAAAAGGGAAAUACCUCUUUGCUGGUGUGGUUGAUGGUAGAAAUAUUUGGGCUAAUGAUCUUGCUGCAUCUCUUAAUGUCUUGGAGUCUCUUGAGGGAAUCGUAGGCAAAGAUAAACUUGUGGUUUCUACAUCGUGUUCACUUCUCCACACAGCUGUGGAUCUGAUCAAUGAGACUAAGCUGGAUGAAGAAUUGAAAUCAUGGUUGGCAUUUGCUGCUCAAAAGAUUGUAGAAGUUAAUGCUCUUGCUAAGGCAUUGUCUGGUCAUAAAGACGAGGCAUUCUUCUCUGCCAAUGCUGCUGCACUUGCAUCAAGGAAAUCUUCCCCAAGGGUGAAUAAUAAGGCUGUUCAGAAAGCUGCUGCUGCUUUGAAGGGUUCUGACCACAGACGUGUAACCAAUGUUAGUUCCAGAUUGGAUGCUCAACAAAAGAAGCUUAACCUGCCCAUCCUCCCAACAACAACCAUUGGCUCUUUCCCUCAAACUGUUGAACUCAGAAAAGUGAGGAGAGAGUACAAGGCUAACAAGAUUUCAGAGGAAGAAUACACCAAGGCUAUCAAGGAAGAGAUCAACAAAGUUGUCAAGCUUCAAGAAGAACUUGACAUUGAUGUUUUGGUUCACGGAGAGCCAGAGAGGAACGAUAUGGUUGAGUACUUUGGAGAACAGUUAUCUGGAUUUGCAUUCACAGUCAAUGGAUGGGUACAAUCUUAUGGAUCACGAUGUGUUAAGCCACCAGUCAUCUAUGGUGAUGUUAGCCGUCCCAAGCCAAUGACUGUUUUCUGGUCAACCGUUGCUCAAAGCAUGACUGCUCGUCCAAUGAAAGGAAUGCUUACUGGACCUGUUACUAUCCUCAACUGGUCUUUUGUUCGUAACGAUCAACCCAGAUUUGAGACUUGCUAUCAGAUUGCUUUGGCUAUUAAGGAUGAAGUUGAAGAUCUUGAGAAGGCAGGUAUUACUGUUAUCCAGAUUGAUGAAGCUGCUCUUAGGGAGGGUCUGCCUCUUAGGAAGUCAGAAGAAGCUUUCUACUUGGAUUGGGCUGUCCACUCUUUCAGAAUCACCAACUGCGGUGUUGAAGACACCACUCAGAUCCACACCCACAUGUGCUACUCAAACUUCAACGACAUUAUCCACUCGAUCAUCGACAUGGACGCAGACGUGAUCACCAUUGAGAACUCUCGAUCCGACGAGAAACUACUGUCUGUUUUCCGUGAAGGUGUGAAGUAUGGUGCUGGAAUUGGUCCCGGUGUUUACGAUAUCCAUUCUCCAAGAAUCCCAUCUUCAGAAGAAAUUGCAGAUAGGAUCAACAAGAUGCUUCAAGUUCUCGAGACCAACAUUUUGUGGGUCAACCCCGAUUGUGGUCUCAAGACUCGCAAGUAUCCCGAAGUCAAACCAGCUCUCGAAAACAUGGUUGAAGCUGCCAAGCUCAUCCGUACCCAACUCGCAAGUGCCAAGUGAUGAGAAGUCGAUAUUAUCUCAAUUGUGGUUUAUGAGAUCGAUGAUUCAAGCAUGAAUUUGAGUGUAUUAUGUCGUUUUAUGUUUUUGUUGGGCCACUUUUAGUUUAUUUUGGUGUUUCUUCACUUGUUCUAUCAUAUGCUUAGUUAAUGCAAUCAGUUUUUGAUUGCAUUCAAUAAUAAUGUUGCUUAUUCAUUUUGGUUA